AGUUGUGCUGGGCAUAAGUACAGGUGGAAGAUGUUCACUCCAUUGACUUGGUUACAUUAAAUGGCAUGUGUGUAAAUGACUGGCAUUGCCCGGCUCGUCUACCACCUGGCCACUGAAUGUGUGUAGAGAAGUCAGGGGUCGGCUCUGGCAGCCUGUGGCGUCCUGUGAUGCAGGAUGCAGUCAGUCAUCCGCCGUUGCUCUUUCUGGAGGAUGGUGCAGCCUGUAGAAGUGAUGCCCCCGCUGCCCUGCUCCUGGCCCGGCUCCCAGGGGUGCAGAUCGCCGCCGCUGCCAGGCUCAGGGCUCAGUAAAAACUUUCUCCAAGUAGAAGUUUGAGAAGUGGAAUGCAGGCUGAGAGCAUGGGGGCGGAUCCCCGCUGAGCGGCGGCCUGACAGCCAGCCAAUCACAUGGCCGGGCCUCCUGCCAAUCCUGGCAACCCGUCCAAUCCCGGCUGUGCCAUUGCUAAACUAUAUGCCCCCACUGUGCGCCUCCAAUGCUGCGCUUUCUGCCAAUCGCUGGAGGACAGAGUAGGAAAAGGAAUAGGCAGAGUUGGGAGCCAGACAAAAGAAGUUAAAGAAGCUUAAUCUGCCCAUGUUUGUGAAGGAUGGUAGAGGGGGAAAAAUAACAGCAGUGAGUGUGGCUGGACGUGAUUGUGUAUUGAUGGAGCCCCCUUUGAGCAAGAGGAGUCAGACUCUGAGGUUGGCGGAUUUGGCAGCGGCUCAAGCCCAUCCUCAUCAGACUAUGACAGGCUUCCCGGGGUUGGGGAGUCAUCAAGCUCACUCCCACCCUGCCCACAUCCACCCUGGGGAGUUGGGGAGUGACCCUGGAGUUGCCCUGACUCCAUUCGGACCCGAGCACAUGGCCCAAGCUAGUGCUCUGAAACUUAGUCCCUCACAGCAUAUGCCAGCUCAUCCGGAAGCCCAGACAGCAGCUGCAUUCGGGUCGCCGGCUACCGUCACUUAUCCUGUGGCUCACUCCCACACUGGCUACACUAGCAGCAGGGACUUUAUCCUCAGGAGGGAGCUUUCCACUUCUGCCAUGUUAGGAGAGCAGCACCCAGCCACCAGCUCCCCCCAUCACCACCACCACCACCCCCAUAGCAUGUUCAUUUCCUCCACUGGUACCUAUGGACACUCUGAAGGGGCAAGCCACCCUCUCUUCUCUGGCAUUCACGACCAGGGAACCCCAGGAGUCCACCACCCUCUCAAUGGCCAGAUGCGACUUGGCUUGGCCGGAGAACUGUAUGGGAGACCUGAGCCCUUCCGUCCCGAGCACUAUGCUGCUGCCUCCUCCAUCCAUAGCUACAACUCUAUGAACUUAAAUGUCAACCUAGCUGCAGCUGCUGCCGCCCACCCGGCCGCUGCAGGGGCGUUCUUGAGGUACAUGAGGCAGCCCAUCAAACAAGAGCUCAUCUGCAAGUGGAUCGAUCAAGACCAGACCUCCAAAAAAACAUGUUCCAAAACUUUCAGCACCAUGCACGAGCUGGUUAACCAUGUCACGGUGGAGCAUGUCGGGGGACCCGAGCAGAGCAACCACGUCUGCUUCUGGGAGGAAUGUCCUAGGGAGGGGAAACCAUUCAAAGCCAAAUACAAACUGGUCAACCACAUCCGAGUGCACACAGGAGAGAAGCCCUUCCCGUGCCCCUUCCCUGGAUGUGGCAAGGUCUUUGCCCGCUCCGAAAACUUGAAAAUCCACAAACGAACUCAUACAGGGGAGAAACCCUUUAAGUGCGAAUUUGAUGGUUGCGACAGGAAGUUUGCCAACAGCAGUGACAGGAAGAAGCACUCCCAUGUGCACACCAGCGACAAGCCCUACUACUGUAAGGUCAGAGGCUGCGACAAGUCCUACACACAUCCCAGCUCCCUAAGAAAACACAUGAAGAUCCACUGCAAGUCUCCCCCGGGUUCUCCAUCCGCCUUGGGCUACUCUGCUGUCCCUACUGCCAUAGAUGAAUCCCUGUCCCCCACUCAGGACCAAGUCAGGGGGCGCACUGCCAACCUAUCCCCUCAGGUCACCAAUCUCAAUGAGUGGUAUGUGUGUCAAGCCAGCGGGGCCCCGGAUAACCUGCACACCCCUUCCAGCAACGCAGAAACCACAGAUUCUGAAGAGGAAGAAACUUACAGGACCUCAGAAAGGACUAUUCGGUAAGACUAUCCCCUGAGUGCUGCCUAUUCUAAUCUUGACAGACGGACCACUACUCGGUCUCUCCAUAUUUAUUUUCUAGAAGACCAUAAGGUCCUCUUACACUUGAAAACGUUACUAUGCUUCAUGAGCUUAACAACUAAGUGGCAUCCUCAACAAACUGGGACAAAUGCCCGGCGAUGCCAGUAAGGAUGCCAGUUUCUGUUCACUGCCAAUGCAAUGCACUGUACUAGCAGGCUGGAUUUCUGUACCGCCUCAUGUGCCUCUCCCAAAUACAUUGAAGCACGAGGCAAUGGCGCCUCGAUUGACCCCCCAGGACUUGCUGAACUUAAAAACGCUGUGUAUUUAUUCUUCAGUGUGAACACGGUGUAAUUCACUGAGCAGCAUAGAUAACCAGAGCAGUAGUGAACUCAAACCCCUCCCCCUUUUUAGUCAUACCCCACUUAGAUUCCUCUUCCUUUACAAACAACGACCUGUGAGAACCUGUUUUAUAUACUGACUUGAAAAAUAUGUUUUGUUUUAUUUUAUUUUUUUGUUUGUUUUGUUUUCAUAUAAGUUAUUUAUUAUUGUAAAAAAAAAAAAAAGGUACCGCUUCACUGGCAGCUUUUUGUGUUGACAUGAUGAAUAAGUGAAUCUCACCUGAUGUACGUUUAAUGUGAUAAUAAUCCACAUCAGAUAUAAAAGCCCAAAAGAUGGUGUAACCAUGGUCUCCAAAAAUAAGUGGAAGGAAAUUACAGAUCGGCAAAACGUUAUUUCACCUUAUUUCAUAAGGCUCUUAAGAGUGGGGAAACCUCAUACAGACUAUAAUUACAAUGAAUGAAAGGGAGAGCAACUAAUUACUGGAGAAAAUGUCAUUAAAUGAUGCAGUCAAUGCCAACCACAAAGAGCACACACUGCAUAUAUCCUGAGUGUGCCUAUGUGUGUAUACAUAUGUAUUUAUCCACUAAUAUACAGUAUACUUAUAUUACAUACAGAUUUACUGUAUAUGUGUGUGUACAUAUAUAUUUAUCCACUGAUGUACAAUAUACUUCUAUUACAUACAGAUUUACUGUAUAUGUGUGUAUACAUAUGUAUUUAUCCACUGAUAUACAGUAUACUUAUAUUACAUACAGAUUUACUGUAUAUGUGUGUGUACAUAUAUAUUUAUCCACUGAUAUACAGUAUACUUAUAUUACAUACAGAUUUACUGUAUAUGUGUGUGUACAUAUAUAUUUAUCCACUGAUGUACAAUAUACUUAUAUUACAUACAGAUUUACUGUAUAUGUGUGUGUACAUAUA